AUUAUAAAUAAAAUGUAUUAUUAUUAAAAUGUGUGUGGCCCACAAUCACUUCUAUUUACACGAUGUGGCCCAGUCUUCAUAAAAGGUUGGACACCCCUGGUCUACGGUGUUUGUCGGUGACCGGCGGUUACACGGCGAGCGUCCCGCGUGUCCACCUUAUCUCGGACCACAGAUCGCGCGAUUCCUGGGACUCCGUAGUACGCGGGUACUCGUCCGCCUCCCACCGAUCGUCCGUACCCCGCGCGGCUGCAGCGUCGCGAAUAGCCAGUUGGUAUUACCUACGGUUAUUUUGUUAUUGGAAUCCAACGUUUGUUGUGCUCUUGUCCCUCCGUCCCUUGUAUGUUCGCGGCCCGUGUUUUAUUGUUGCAAACGACACGAACUCACAAUUGAUUUUUCAGCGUAGACAUCUACGACGAUGUCAAUGCCGAUUUAUUAACUGGAGGUAUGUAUUUAUUGUAUUAACGUCAGUGUAGCAGUCGUGCAUCGCACUUUGUUGUCAUUAUCGAUUACAGUUUUUCAUUUCAGUUCCCCUCGUCAUUAAAAUUUACGAAUAACAACGCCACUGGCGCUAUAACCUAUAAGGUACUACAUACCGCUGGUCCAGUACCCUAUUACAGUAAGUGAAAGCCGCUCACGUCAACCAUUCAGAUGGGUGAAAAUGGCGAACGUAAAAUGGCUCCGGUGGAUGCGAGCUAUUCCGACAGAUACGAGCUGAUCAGCUUUUCAAAAGUGGAGUGCUCCAUACCAGUGUACAAGUACAAAUGUCUGCGCACCGGCAUUUCUAUCGUGUUCGGUGACAUCGACGGCCCGUUGGUCCAAGGACACUUCGCUCUAGGUAAACUCAAUUUAACCAUACUAGGCUUGCCAGCAGUUAAGUAUCUACCUAGUGAGAUUUUUCAUUAGGUAUAAAAGAUUAAUGAGUUGCUAGUAAACUGUAUAAUAUAAUUUGCCUUGUUAAACGAAACUAACAUAUUAAAUAUCAGAUUUGAGGUAGUCCAUACAAUUUCUAGAUUCUAAUUUUUUUUUUGUUAGGUUUGAGUAGGUGCAGUUAUACCCACUAUAAAAGAAAAUAAUCAUUUGAUCAAAUGAUAGUCAGUUCUUGGCUAACAUUAAUCACUAUUUUCGAAGGACGUUUCAAAUAUCAAUACACUGAUAUAUAAUAUUUGACUACGCGUAUCGUUCAAACAAUCAUAUUAGGUAGUAGGUACUUGACUUGAAGUAUUUAAUUUGUAUAGGUACCUAAGCUAUAUUAACAUGGUUUUUUUAAAAAAAAAAAUUGUAUCGUUAAGUAGGUAUAAGGUAGUUGAAUAAAUUAUAGUGUUAUAGUUUUCUAGUCAAAUUUUCUGUAACCGGACCAAAUAAAUAUUAAUAUGUUGUAUAUUCACAUCACUUUAUUCAUAAUAUAGGUAGAUAAUAAAUUGUCCUUGAAUUUACAUUAUAAUAAUAAUAUCUAUAAUAAUGUAUGCAGACCAUUAGACCCCUCUUAAGACUUAUGAAGUACCCGUGUUUGAUUUAAAUUGACAAAUAUUAAACAGUUGUCAUAUAGUUGUGUAUGUUUACUUAAGAUAAAUUAUUAUACAUGUUAUACUAUAAAAAUGGUUUUGUGUAGCAUUAUGUUGAGGAAGGCUAUUUAUCUUUAUUUUAAUAACUCGACAAAUAUUAAUUUCAUAUUUGUUGUCUUAUCUAGUGAUGGGUCGUUCAUUAAUGAAACAUUGAAACUGAAAUUGAACGAUCUCACUUAUUUGAUUCUUUUAGGUCCAACAUGUCCAAAACUAAAUUGUUCCAUAUUUAUAUCAUGUAUUGAUUGCAUCAAUAUAUGUGUGUAUCGUUCAUCAUAUGAAAAUUAAAACACUACCUAGUAGGUACCACCAAAUUACCGCACUAUCCAUAAUAUCACUAUACUUGCUCUGGUAGUUUGGACCGGAACAGUGGUAGCUAGCUAGUAGCACUGGACAGUUAGUAGCAAUCUGGCAUGUAGCCAGUAUUUUUUUUUUGGGGGGGGAAGGUUAAACAUACAAUUUAUCACAAACUACCGAUAAUCUGAUUUUUUAGUGAGAAGCUUACAUUUUGUGUGUGAGGGGGUUGAGAACCUAUGGAUGAAUCCUCCCUUGAUUACAUGUUUAGCUGCGAUGUGCAAUGUAUAUUAUUAUAAUAAUAUAAUUGUUAGUUUUCAGAUUUUUGUUUGUGGCGUUUAGGUCAUUCGUAUCAUUAUUCGUGUAUUUUUCAUUGUUAUGCUAUUCCUUAGUGAAAUAAAAACUGGUAAUUUUUUUUUUGCAUAUUUUAAAUAUAAAACUAGUAGAUCAUUAAAUAUAAUUAUAAUGCAAUAUUUACCUAUUCAAAACAAAUUAAAGUCAAAACAAAAGAUUUUAUUUUAUUUUUUAAUGACAUGAAUAUGUUGAAACAUAGGUGUUAGGUUAUAAAAUAAUAUAUUCAUGUACCUAUUAUAUCACUGUCUUGACUGUAUUAAACUAUAUUAUGUUGAUUAUAAUAAAAUAUAGAAAUAGAUUACAAACAUAUAUACAUUAUUUUAUAUAUUUAUUGUGUGUGCGGGUAUUUAUGAAUUAUUAGAAUUUAUACUGUACCUACAUUAUAAUGGUAUCGCAUUGUUAAUUUUGAACAAAAAAUAGUUUCAUAUCAUUGUAAUGUAUAUUGUAUAAAAUGAACAAAGGGAUCAGUCAUUUGAACUUGUUCUUUUAUGAACCUUGAAAAAGAGAAACAAUUCACUAAAAUUAAUGAAAAAUCUCGUCACUAGUCUUAUCAAUAAAUGUAUUGUAGGUAUGAUCACAUUGGAUUUAGUGCACCAUGCUCACUUGGGUUCUCCUAUAAAUCUAUAGAUAUGUUAUUUGACCAAUGGUAAUUAUUUCAUAUAAACAGGGUAUGGAGAGGGCAGCAAGCAAUGUGUGUUAAUAAGUUGCUGACAUUUAUUUCUAUUUUGUCAUUAUAUCCUAUUUGUUUUCAUUGAAAUAUACAUAAAUUACACUCAUAAAUUAUCCUGACCUUCCUGUGUUUUUUAGUGGGUUUAUACUUAAUUUUUGUUUUAUCUAUUGCCUGUUAUGUAAACCUACCUUAAAUCUAUGAAAGUUUACUUUAGGUAUACUUUUUAGAUAAGUAGGUAUAGGUACUUGUAAGUACUUAUGAUUACAAACAAUUUGCUAUUUUAAUAUUGCUUAAACAUUUAAUUAAUUUUUCAAUGGUCUUUUGGUUGUGUUCAUUUGUAUUUUAUUUGAAUUGUUUUAUUAUAAAAAUAUCAACUUAAAUCUUAGGUUUAUAUUAUAAAUUAUAGUAUUACACAUUAUACCUCUCUGCUUGAGUGUAAAAUAUAAUAUUAAUGUACUCUCUAUAAAUCAUUCACAUUGCCAUAUAUUGUCAUAUUGUUCAUGUACUAAACUAUUUACCCAAUAUCUAUGAUACAAAAUAAGUGCACUUUACCACAGCCUUUCCGAAUUUCAAAUUUUUUUUUUUGAACAGAAGUUUUUAAUGUUGAUUUUGAAAAUAUUUGAAUUUUUUGUGGAAAGCAUUAUCAAGAAAUGAUUUUUGACCAACAAACUUUUAAAACUAUUUGAAAAAUUGUGGUUUUUGAUGUUUAAGAUAAUGGUGCAUUCAGUAUAAACCAUCAUUAUAAAUUACAUGCAGAAUAAUAAAUUUAUACGAAUAAUAAUGAUAAAAAAAAUUAAAACAAGAAAUUAGUUUAAUCAAACAUUUAAUAACAAAUAAAAUAAAAAAAAUUGAAAAUAUACCUUGGUUAGGUACCUUGUUAAAUAGUUAGUAAGGAGAAAAAAAGAACUAAAAUGUGAAACCAGGCCUUCCAUGACCUCCAUUACCCAACCUCAAAAAGGACAAAAUUUAAAUUGCUAAUUUAUCCAACUCAGAAUUUUUAACUUAAUACUGGUGUAAGAAAGGUAAUGCCCUAAGAAUAAACUUAAACAUGACAACUUCAGAUCAGGACUUCAGCCAACUUCAAAUCCAAAAUAAUAUUGUUUUUAUGGGUUGACAAGUUGAAAUCCCAAAGUUUAUAUAAUAACUUAUUUAAUAAUGUUUAUUAUUUGUUUUUUUGUUGUAGUUCAGUUAAAUAUAUUUCUAGGAACUCAAAAUAUCGACAGAUAAUUUAUAUUGGCCUUUUUCAUUUAUUUUGGUUAUUUUUUUAAUUAUUUAUACACAUUUCGUGUUUGGGGGAGGAGGGUGUUAUGUAGUUUUUAUUUGGUAAUUUGAUAUAGUUGUUUGACCAAACAAGAAUGCUUGACAAUUUAACAAGAGGUUCAUUAUAAGUUGUACUUAAUGGUAAAAAAAAACAAAAGUAGUAUUAUGUAGUGAUUUUCUUUUAUAAUAAUUUUAAGAUCAAAUUAAUAAUUAAAAUAUGUAUAAAAAACUCUGUUCAGAAUAGGUUUUUCUUAGCAAUGGUUUAUCAUUGCUUAUAGAUAUAAAUUAAAUAACAUUUAGUAUCUUACCUUAUUAACUUCCCACCUAUAACAGUCUAUAACCCAUCAGCAAUAUUAAUUAUUUUAUUAUUUAUUUUUUUAAAUAUUUUACAGCUACCGAAGCUCAUGAUGAUGAUGGUAUUCCGCAUACUCUUGAACACUUGAUAUUUCUGGGAUCAGAAAAUUAUCCAUAUAAAGGAAUUCUUGAUUUAUUAGCCAAUCGAUGCCUUGCAUCUGGUACAAAUGCAUGGACAGGUAAACAAUUAUAGCUUAUAAUAAUUUUUCGUAAAUAUUUUUGUUGUGUGAUAUUAAGUUUUUUUUUCAUAUAGAUAUUGAUCAUACUUGUUACACAAUCAGCACAGCUGGCAGUGAAGGGUUUUUAUCAUUACUUCCAGUCUAUCUUGAUCAUAUUUUAUACCCUACAUUAAAGGUAUAAUUAAUUUUUACCUCAUUAAUAUAUUGAUUAUAAAUUAUUUUCUCCUUCGUUUUCAUAUCAACUUUUUGGGGCAAGUCACCCUUAUCCUAAAUUUCUACUUGACAAAAUAUCCCACAUGGUCAUAGCAUUUUCAAUCAACCAUUUUUCUAUCUUUCUUCCAAUUUGUAUUUACAUAAUGUACUAUUCAUACUGUCUCGCCACACUCUUGUUGAACUUAACUAAAUGCCAUUGAAUUUUCUUGUUACAUAGAAUACCUUAUACUUCUCUCCACUUGAUUCAACCACAUUUAAUCAUAUCUUUGUCAAAACAUGUUUUUUUUGUAAAAAAGUUAUUUUGACUUAUUUCAGAUUCUCUCUCCUAUCAAAACUGCCAUAUAUAUCCAAUAAUCAUGCAUCAUAGUACCUUGUGUUGUAUUUGCUUUUUAAACUUAAUUCACUAUGACAGAUAACAGUUAAUGGGCCAAGUUGAACUCCUAUUAUCACCUAUUCCAACCACAAAAAUCAUCCAUUAUUCCACACCUAAAUAUUAUAAAUUAUAGUUAUUUAAUUUAACAAAUUAUUCAUUUAAAUUAUUUUAUUUAGGAUGCUGGAUUUAUUACAGAAGUUCAUCAUAUAACUUCUGAAGCUGAUGAUGCAGGUGUUGUGUAUUGUGAAAUGCAAGGUAGAGAAAAUAACGCAGAAUCUAUUCUAGGGAAACAUUUGUUGGAAAGCUUGUACCCUGGAAAAUGUGGUUAUAAGUCUGAAACUGGAGGUAUCAUGAAAAAUUUAAGAGAAUCUACUACAAAUGAAAAGGUAAUUAUUAUGAAAUAUUUAAAUUCUAUUGUUUUUAAAUGAUUUAUCUAAUUAUAUUUCUUAUUGAUGUAUAAAUAUUUAGUUAAAUGUAUGGUUGUUAUUUAUUUUAUUAUAGAUUCGUAAAUACCAUCAUGCAUUUUAUCGUCCUGAAAAUCUAUUGCUCCUUAUAAGUGGAAAAAUAAAUCAUGCUGAUGUAUUUAAUGCUCUGGAACCAUUCAUCAAAAAAAUUAUAUCAAAAGUAAUAAAAUAUAUUCUUGAAUUAUUAAACUGAAUAUUACUGAUCCUUAGGAAUAUUAGUAAUUAUUGUGCAAAACUAAUAUGUAUUAUUUUAAUGAUUUAGGGAAGUCGUGGAGAUUAUGUGAGACCAUGGCAAAGUCCAGUUGAUCCAUUAACUAAAUCUUCAAACUAUGUUAUAUAUUAUCCUUCUGAUGAAGAAUAUAAUGGUCUAGUUAAUAUUGGUUUUAGAGGCCCUAAUGAUAUUUAUGAGUAAAUAAUAAAUAUUAAAUUAUAGCUUAUUUAUAUUAAUAUAUUAUAUUUGUUAUAGCCAUAUUGCGUGUCAGCUACUACUGAAGUAUCUUACAGAGACUCCUAUAAGUCCAUUACCGAAAGAAAUGGUUGAAAUUGAAGAUCCCUACUGUAGUGAUGUAAAUAAAUAAUAAUUAUUUUUAUAAUAUAACAUUUUUUAUAACUUAAUUUUAGAUUCUGAAUGAAGAAGCAAUGUAUUGGUUUUACAAUGAUGUUUAUCAUUAUUUUUUUUUUAUGCGAACACUUUUUCUAUUAGAAAGCAUACUCCGAUUAUCAAGUAUAACACUUUUUCUGAAAGAAAAUUUUCUAUGGGUUGUACUUUAGAGAGGCCAUUUUUGAAAUUCUCAUCAAUAUUCAAGAUACUGAGGAAAACCUUGGUUAAUAUUUAUGUUAAAAAAGAAAGAAAUAUUAAAAUAAGGUUGUUAUUAGCAACUGUUUUUAAUUAUUUUUCGUUAUUUUUAAAUGUUUAUUAUUUUAAUCUUUUUAAACAAUCAUUGUUAUGAAACGUACAUUGUUUUAAUCAUUUUACCAUAAUAUGACAUAAUACCAUAUAUUGUGUUGUUGAUAAAACAACAUUAUCAACUGAAUUCCGCUCAGAAUCAUUUUUUGUUAGAAAUGGUUAUCUUUGCUUACACAUCAAAUUCCCAUCUGUAGCCUAAUUUCCCAACUUCCAACCUACAACAGUGGCUGCACCCUUUUUUUCUUACAAAUUUUGAUAUAAAUUAUGAAAUUUAUUACUAAUUAUGAGUACAUUUUAUUAUUGUUAUUAUUUUUUUAUUUUUACAGGCUUCUCAUUUCAUCACUUCACACAAUGAACCUUCUAUUCAUAUUUCUUUUGAAAAUGUACCCUUGGAUAAAAUGGGUGAUUUAAUAUCUACAAAGUUUGAUGAAAUAUUAAAUAAACUAAUGACUGAUAAUAGUUAUUUUGACUUGGAACGAUUAAGGACAUUUAUUAAAAGAUUCAAACUAAAUUUAUUGGGCAGUCUUGACAAUUUGCCCCACGAAGUGCUGUGCUCAAUAAUUAUUGAUGAUUUUUUGUAUGGAAAAAAUUUAGCUGAUGUAAAUAGUUUUUAAAUUUUAUUUUGUUAGUAGUUGUGAAAUUUCUUAAAAAUAUUUAAUAAUUUGUAAUUAUUGCAGUUGGAACUGAGAUUAAAUAAAAUAACUAUACUCAACGAACUACAAAACAAAGAAAUUACUUUUUGGAAAAAUAUUUUGCAAAAGUAUUUUAUUGAUGGUCCUAAAAUAGUUGUUGAAGGUAUGCCAUCUGUAAUAAAGCAGAAAGAGCUGGCGAAAGAAGAAAAUGACAGGAAGGAAUCUCGGAUAAAAAUUUUGGGCGAAGAAGGUUUGAAACAAAAGGCACUUGAAUUACUAAACGCCAAGAUUGAAUGCGAGGUAAAACUAUUAAAUGUUACAUUGUAUUGUGGUGUGGUAAGUGACAUUUAUCAAACUGUUCAAUUUAUUAAUUAAGAAUUUAAUAGAUUACUUAAUUUGAUUUUCGCGAAAAAUGUCACUUAUACACCUGUGCAUUAGACCAUCAAUAUUUUGAUAUAACUAUAAAUAUUUGUUUUUUAGAAAAAACCAUCAAAAGAAAUUUUAACAUCAAUUAAAAUUCCUAAUAUUGAAUGCAUAAAAUUCUAUUCUUAUAAAACUUAUUCUUCAAUCUCUGCAGAGCAACAUGAUUUAUUUAAAUUAACUGAUGCGCCAAUUUUAAUGGAAGUGGAUGAUAUUAAAACCAACUUUGUUUAUGUAAGCAAUUUUACAAAUAAUAUAAACAACAAUUUGUAUAUUUGAUAAAUUUUGCUUUUUGUAGAUGCACACUUUCAUUAAUACAAAAUAUUUGCCAACAAAUCUUCGUUUGUAUUUACCUUUAAUGGUUGAAAUAUUUAUGGAAAGUACAGUAGUUUAUGAAUCUGGUGUUAGGAUUCACUAUACCGAUAUUAUUGCUGAAUUGGAAAAAGAUAUUAUUACUUGGUAUUCUGAAGUAGGAUCAUUAUCCCCUACUCGCUUUUUAUGUGGAACAUUUUCUUCCAUCAUUUCAUUAUUCUUUCAGGUAAUUACUACUAUAAUUAUCUUAUAUUAAUUUGAUUAUAUAUCAUAAUUAAAUAUCAAAUGAAAGAAAGUAUAUUAUACUUGAAAAGUGUUGUUAUUUUCAAUUAUUUUUUGUUCGUUUCAUUUUUUUUUUUUAGUUGGAACCAUCAAAAUAUGAUAUAGGCAUUAAAUGGUUGAAUAAUUUUUUGUAUAAAACAGAAUUUACUAGAGAAAAGUUGACUAUUAGUAUACUAAAAAUAAUCAAUGAAGUUGCCAGUUACCGUAGAGAUGGUAAUCAUAUGUUAAAAGAUAUAUUGCGUAACAUGAUUUAUAAAAAUAGUAAGUGUAAUAUAGUAUUAAUAUUUCAAUGCAGGAACUAGAAUCUAAAAAUAAUCUACCCAAAAAUAUCAUCUUUGAACUGAAACCAUUUAAAAAUAUUUUGAUUUAUGAUUUUUUUAUAAUUAUAUACAAUUUUUUUAUUAUUAUUAUUAUUAAAAAUAAUAACAAUUGGUUUAUAAAUAGUUUCAAAGUUGUCAUCUAAUUGUUAUCUCAUCGGUGGGCGUCAGUGGUAAUAAUAAAUAAUGUGUUAUUUCCUUUUAACUCUAUAACCCUUGUUAAUAAAUUAUUACCACUAAUAUUAUUAUAGUUAAUAUUUGUUAAACAUCAAACACAAACAUGUCCAAAUUAUGUCACAAACCUUAUUAUGUUUAAAAUUCAGUAAUAUACCUUCCCAGGUAUAUACUAUUUAUAUUUUUUGAAUUUUUAUAAUAUUAAGAAUUUAAUGGUACAGCGAAACUUCAUGAAUAGUUCAUGAAUCGCCGAUUCUGUUCAACGUGGUUUUGGAAAAGGUUAUUAGAGAAAUGAAAAUUGGUUCUAACGAGGGUAUUAGAUUACAAGACACGUCGAUAGGUCUACUUGCUUAUGCUGACGAUAUAGUAUUGAUGGAAGAGUCUCAGGAUAGAUUGAAGAUUUUAUUCAGUAGAUUGCAUAAAGCAGCAUCAAAAGUAGGACUAUGUGUAAAUGAAGAAAAAACGGAGUAUAUGUUUUUGAGUAGACGGGGACUACCUUUUUGGCAAUCCAUAAAAAUAGAUCAAUAUGAAUUUAAAAGGGUAGAACAGUUCAAAUACCUAGGGUCUAUUUUGUCUGAGAAAAAUAAUGUAGCAAUCGAGGUAGCAGCAAGAAUCCAAGCUGGGAAUAAAUGUUACUAUGGACUGACUAAGGUNUACGACCGGUUGUAGUGUAUGGAUCGGAAACAUGGCCACUCAGAAAAAUGGAUGAGCAUAGAUUCAUGGUCUUUGAAAGAAAAGUGUUGCGGAAAAUAUAUGGCCCGGUCAAAGAUGAAAUAACUGGUGAGUGGAGACGAAGAAAGAACUUAGAGUUGGAAACACUAUACAGCAGUUCAGAUAUUUUGGAGGUCAUCAGAGGCAGAAGACUACGGUGGGCUGGCCAUGCUUGGAGGAGCCAAAAUCCACUAUUACAUACUGUGAUUGAACAAAACCCUGUAGGUAAAAGACCUCUGGGGAGACCAAAAAUGCGAUGGGAAGACAAUAUAAAAAAGGAUGUUGAACAUUUAGGAGGCUGUGCCAAUUGGAGAAAUCUGGCAUUAGAUAGAGAAGGAUGGAAGCUUGGUUGUGAGACGGGAUGGUCUUAACGGCCCAAUAAACCCAAAAAAAAAAAAAAAAAAACUGCCUAAAUGAUAAACCCAUUUUAAACAAACUCUAAUUGGGUAACAUGUGAUAAAAAUGUUUAAUUAAAUCUAAAAACAAUUAUAUUAUUUAAGAUUAGUAAUGUCAUGAAUAGACAAACUAUUUAAUGCAAAUAUAAUGUUCAUUAAAUGUAAAUUGCCUAAUUAAUUUUAAUUUUAUCAAUUUUAGCUAGCAACCACUAUGCAUGUAGUACACUGAGACAAUAUAACUUUUUAACUUAUUUACAAAAGCAAAUUGAAACUGACGAAGGAUUUAAUGAGAUAUUACAAGAUUUGAACACAGUGAAAAAGAUGUUUAUUGAACCAAAUAAUAUAAAAAUGCACCUAGCUGCUGAUAUAGACAAUUUGUGUAAAAUAAAACCUGAUGCUCCAUCCUUGUUGACAAAACUAUUUCCAGCUGAUGUUAAACGUACUAAGAAAUCGUAAGUGGCCAAAUUUGUUAUCAUUUAUAAUUAAUGAGAUUAUAUAAAUUCAAUGUUUUUAAUUCAGAUUUGAAACAAUUUUUGAUGAUGCUUAUAUAUUACCUCUACAUCAUUGUUCUAUAAGAGCAUGCGCUGUAGGAAUGGGUGCUAUCGAGUCAAGUUACUUUACUCAGGUAACAGAGAGUAUCAACGAUUUUAACCAUCCAGAUAUGCCAGCUUUACUCGUCUUUUUGCAAUAUUUUACUCAAUUGGAAGUAUGGUUAUAAUUAUUGUUUAUUUUUUUUUCUCCGAUACUUAAAAAAAUUGAAUGCAAUGUUUUAUAUUUCAUAGGGACCGAUGUGGAGAAAUAUUCGUGGACUUGGUUAUGCAUAUUCAUACAGCAUUAGUCCCAGACCCAACGAGGCAUUAAUUUCAUUGCAUUUUUAUCGAUCAGUAAAUGUGCCUGCAGCAUAUAAAGAAACUAAAGAAAUCCUGGUAUACAAUUUACAUUAAAUAAAUUCAAAUUUCUAUUAUAUCAUAUUAUGGUUUUUACUCUCACUACACAGAUUAUUGAGGAUAUCUAUUUUUUUUCUUACUAAAAUUUAAAACUGGAUUCAUAUUACAAAGCUUAUUAUAAUAAAUAUAUAUACAUAUAAUACAAUAGUAUAUUUUUAUAUAAUAUAAUACACACGGACAUAUAACUUUAAACACAUAAUUAACAUAAAUUUUCUUACCUAUAAUUUAGGUAAUCUGUCAAUUUACUUUAAUAUUUAGAAUAACAGCACAAAAUGUAUCCUAUGGAAAGGAAAUUUGCUAUGUCUAUGUCUGUAUUUGUAAUACAGAGACUGUGGAUAUUAGUGUGGCAUCCUCUUAAUAUUGAGAUUUAUUCAUUACUUGAAUUGGAAAAAAUAAAAGGAGUACUAUGAGGUUUAAAAUAAAGUAGUAUCCCUUGUUAUGAUUGAAUUGUACCUAAUCCAGAUUUUAAGUAAAUUAGAUUUUUCUUUUUGGAAUUGAUUAAGCUUUAUUUUAAAACUAUUUUAAAUUUUUUACUUCUACUCCAUGUAUCUCAAAUAAGUAUAUACUUGUGUUUUUCAAAUAGGAACCCCUAAUACCCCCUUUUUGAACACAGUUUUGAAUAGAGAAUAUUUUUUUAGAAAUGUUGAUAUGCAUAACACUAAUAUCAGAUUUACUGUUUAUGUAUUAUAAUUAAAGUAUGAAACUUGAUGACUUAAAAAUCAUGAACAAAUGCACGAAAAAAAUGUAUAAAAUGACAUAAAAAUGUAAAAAUUAGUGGAAGUUGAAUUACAAACAAUUUAUAGGAUAAUAUUAUGAACUGAUUAGUAGGGCUAAUCACAUCUCCCUGCUAAAUAUGAACAUAUAUUCCAUUAUUAUUUUCCUAUUUUAGGAGAAACAUUUGAAACCUGGUACUAUUUGGGACCAAACAUUGUUUGAAUCUGCAAAAUGUUCCAUGAUUUUUGAAAUUGUAGAAAGAGAAAAAACAAUUGGUGAUGUAAUAGCACAAUCUGUGCUAUUACAUUUCAGGAAUCUCUCACAGGAUUAUAACAAGUAAAUUAAAUUAUAUUUUUUGAUAACAUUUGUGUUUAUACUUAUUUUAAAUUAAUGUUUAGAAAACUUGUCAAGAAAAUAUCUGAAGUAACAUUGGGAGAACUUCCACAAAUUGGAUUGAAGUAUGUUAUGCCAUUAUUUGACCCAGAGUGCACACGAACAGCAAUGGUUUGCCCACCAUCUAAGUUGCAAGAUACAGCUGAUGAGUUUAAAAAGUAAUUUUAAUUUUAAACAAUUAAAUUGAAUUUUAAAAUUAAUUUCUUUGUUUCUAAAUUAUAUGAUUGCUGUUAUUUUAUUGAUAAAACACACAUCUAUAAUUUUCUCUAUAAAAGUUCUAUUGACUAAAUUCUUAUUUCGUAUAAUCUUGAAUAAUCUUGUUGAAAUCAAGUCAUUGGUGUACACAUUAUUGUGUAAUUUUAUUUUUGUUUCUGCUGUUUUGUCCAUUUAGGUUAUAAUUUUGGUCCACAAUAUGACAAUAGGAUACUCGGUCACAGUAUCAUAUUUUAAAUAGCAUUUAUUAUAAUCAAUGAAAUAGGUAUUAGAUUUAAACAAAAUAACAUUUAUGUCUUGUAUUUAAUAUAGGUUAGGUUCUGCUCAAAUUGCUGGUAGAAAAGUUGUUCACAGGAAAAAAGGAGGCUGUAAUAUUUUUAAACUUAUACCAACAUUUCGUAAAUUUUCGGGUUUUCACAUUUGAUGAGAAAAUCAAAAAAUGAUCUUCAAUAGGUGUCAUUACUCUAAUGGUCCUAAUAUUGUUUAUUGCUGUGUGGUUUCUGCGAAUCAAAUUUUAUAAGUUUUACCUGAGAUUGACCUUGGAUCACUACUCACAACAUGCCUAUACUUUCUAUUUUAUUAGUAUUUUUAUAUUGCUAUCCAGAAAAUUUUAUAGACUGGUUUUUUUUUGUUCGUAAAUAUCUUUGUUACCAGAAAUCUUUCAGAAUCAAAAACGUAAUAGUAAUUUUCUUCUAACAUUUUUGAUUUAGUUGGUUUUUUGGGAAGGUUAAUUUUUUUAUUUUCCUUAUAGUUUCCCCAAAAAGUAACUAAGAAUUUGCUGUAAUUGUUUGGUGUAAUAUAUUGUAUUGUCUUAAUUUUAUACACAUUUAUUACAUAUUCCCAGUGCUAAAGAUACUUUUUUUAUUGAUUAUUAUUUAGGUUAUUCUAACAUUCUAACAAAUAGUAUGUUAUAACACAAAUUAUUAGUAUCAACCUCUAUUUUACCCUUGCUACCUUAUUUUAUCAUAUAAUUAAAUUUAAUUAAUUCUAUAAAUUUUAUAUAUUUCAGAAUGAAUAUUGAUAUGACAAUAUACAAAUCACUGGAAGAAAGUUUUCUCAAUGAAUGUCUUUAGAUCUGGAAAGAACUUUUUCUUCAAAACUACUAUACAUGUGUUUAUAUUUAAAUUUAUUUUUUUCAUGAUAUUGAAAAUCCUUUUGGUCUUGACUGAUAAUCAAUUUUUAACAUAUGGAUUUUAGUUUAUAUUAAUAAAUAAACUUGGGUAUCAUAAACAACUGAUGUCCUAAAUUUGUA